GGCUGCCAGCUGAGCCGCUGCUCCUCCACGGACCUCUUCCUGGGGCUGGGGGACGGAGCAGCCCUUGGUCCCUGGGCUCACCGCAGAUGUCCUCCCGUGCCACGCCGGCAGGACUGCUCCCCUAGUGCCGGCGUGGAGGGAGGGCCGCUCGUCUCACCAUGGUGCUGCCGCCGCCUGACAAGCGCCAUGUCUGUCUGACCACCAUCGUCAUCAUGACCAGCAUGGCCUUCAUGGAUGCCUACCUGGUGGAGCAGAACCAGGGGCCCCGCAAGAUCGGCGUCUGCAUCAUCGUGCUGGUGGGGGACAUCUGCUUCCUCAUCGUGCUGCGUUACGUGGCGGUGUGGGUGGGGGCAGAAGUGAAGACGGCCAAGCGGGGCUAUGCCAUGAUCCUGUGGUUUCUCUACAUCUUUGUGCUGGAGAUCAAGUUGUACUUCAUCUUUCAGAAUUACAAAGCGGACAAGAAGAACCUGGAAACGGUGGCCAGGAAAGCCCUGACCCUGCUCCUCUCCAUCUGCGUGCCGGGGCUCUACUUGGUGCUGGUGGCCUUGGAUAGCAUGGAGUACAUACGGACCUUUCGGAAGAAAGAGGACUUGCGGGGGCGCCUCUUCUGGGUGGCCCUCGACCUGCUGGAUAUCUUGGACAUCCAGGCCAACCUGUGGGAGCCGCACAGGACCGGCCUGCCCAUCUGGGCAGAGGGGCUCAUGUUCUUCUACUGCUACAUACUCCUCCUGAUCCUGCCUUGCGUGUCCCUCAGCGAGAUCAGCAUGCAAGGGGAGCACAUUGCCCCUCAAAAAAUGAUGCUCUACCCUGUCCUCAGCCUGGUCACUAUUAACAUUGUCACCAUCUUCAUCCGGGCCAUCAACAUGGUCUUGUUCCAGGACAGCAGGGUCUCCACCAUCUUUAUCGGCAAGAACAUCAUCGCGAUCGCCACCAAGGCAUGCACCUUCCUCGAGUACAAGCGGCAGGUGAAGGAGUUCCCCCAGAAUGCCAUCGCCCUGGAGCUCCAGCAGAACUCCCUCUCCCACAACCAGACCAUCCACAGCGCACAGGGCAUCCCCCAUGAGCCGUCGCCCACCAGCGAGAUCCUCGACACAUGAGGGAUCACCCCCAGCUGAGCGUUGGUUCAGAUAGCCCCGUGCUGAGCAGAGGAGGGAUGCUGCUCUCUUGCUGCACAGGGCGAGCGCAACGGACAAAUCCUGGCAGCGAGGGCUCUUCUAGGCACAAAACACCAACCAUGUUUUAAUUGAGCUAUGGAGUGUCCCCUAGACGUCUUCAUCUCAGGUAUAACCCUAGGAGUCCUCCAGACAAACCAAAUGAACUUGCAAAGGACCUGAACCAGCUAACCCUCUCUCUCCCUCCCGCCACCUUCUUUCUCCCCUCCUGAGCAAAGACCUCUAAGGUUGCAAUGUCCCUUUUUACUCCUCGAGCACCUCACCUUUACUUCAAGCCUGGAACGAAGAUUUUGUUACUGGAGACCUUUUUAUGGAGUGGGGACAGGGGCGUAGGUGUACAGGCUGGGGGGGGAGGGUGGGACGUUUGAACCAGUAAACCCUGUGAUCGUAGAUGUCUCUUAUCUCCAAUGGUUGUGUUUACAGUUUCCUAUUUAUAAUGGCUCCCCGGGGCUCCCGGGCUGUCCUGGGGGCCAAUGUCCUUGCUGUCAGCAGUGGGCGAGAGCAGCAAGCCCUGCGGUGGGCAAUGGGGCCGGGGGCCAGCAUG